CUUAUAGGAUUUUCCUAAAUUUCCUUUUAAAUAUGUUACCUACAUCAUGCUAUACAACUCCAUCAGCUCUACAGGAUAAUGAGCAGUUGGUGAACUCCUUGCUGGCCUGUCCAGAUUAUCUGCGCGUCGGUCAUCCUCUGGCUGCGAAUGCCGUCGGACCCGUCAAUAUGGACGGGACAUUGCCAUGCAACAGUUUCCCAUCUGCCUUCUAUUACAAUAAUAUGGAUAGUUUUCUGGCUCUGCACAAUAAUAUUUGGACCCUGCCCAUCUCCUUUCUGCACAACAAUCAUCGUCCGGAGAAACCGCCUUUCUCCUAUAUAGCCCUGAUCGCCAUGGCCAUAAGUAGUGCACCCAAUCAAAGAUUGACACUGAGUGGCAUUUACAAAUUUAUCAUGGAUAAAUUCCCGUAUUAUCGUGAGAAUAAGCAGGGCUGGCAAAACUCCAUACGGCAUAAUCUCUCGCUCAACGACUGCUUUGUGAAGGUGCCGCGAGAUAAGAACACCAUCGAGGAUAACGACAGCGCCGGGAAGGGCAGUUACUGGAUGCUGGAUGCCUCCGCCACGGAUAUGUUUGAGCAGGGCAACUAUCGAAGGCGACGUACCAGACGAAGGCACUGCUCCUCGAGCAGCAAUCGCUACGAGCGAGAGCCGGGCAAGCACGAUUCCAAUGCCAGCAAUGAUGGCAGCAAUGGAGAGGUGCGAACCUCGAGUGACGCCUUGGCUGACUUUGACCUGUUCUGCAGCGAUGGUAGUGCAAAUCCUGGUGCACUACGCCCCAACUACUCGGAUCGCAUCACAGAGCUGCAUCGACAGUAUCUCUCCGUAUCCUUCGGUUUCAACAGCCUCUUCAACAACGAGCCAACGGGCAGGAAUUUAAAGGACAGCAAUGCAGCCGCCGACAGUCCAUGCUCGAGCAGAACUGCAGAGCAGAGCACAUCGGAUAGCGCCUUGCGUGAAGAUCUACAUUCCCCAAGCGCCUUUACUCCAACGCCGGCUGGACGCGAGGCGACACUAAACGUUGACGCAUUCAAAGGACUUCAGCAGCUGCUCGACACGACGAAUAGAUCGAAGACGAACACACUCUUUACAAUUGAAAACAUUAUUGGCAAACCAUAGCAAUCAUUAAGAAUUCUAAUUAAACCUGUUUUAAAUCCAA